CUUUGCAGGUUCUGCUGGAUCAGUCCACCAAGGCCAACUCUCCUCUAAAGGGCCACGAGCGAACGGUGCAGUACCUCCAGAGACUCGGAGUGGAGAAUAUGGGAAUAAUCUUUGAGUUUUCUCCCUGGGUGUUGAAGAUCUGUCCUGAGGAUGGAUUGAAGAUCUUCACAGAGGACCUGACAGAGGUGGAGACUUUGCCCAGAGACAAGGUGCUGAACUUCCUGAAGGAGGGCUUCAAGGAGCUCGCCAUCCCGUAUCUGGAGCACAUCGUCUACGUGUGGGACGACGAGGGCCCCGAGUUCCACAACGUGCUGAUCCAGCUCUACCUGGAGAGGGUGCAGGGACUCAUGAAACAGUACCUCAACUCUCUGCCUGAAGGAGUUCCAGCUGUUGCUGCGGGGAAGGAGGACGGUGAUCUGGGCGAGUUCAGGAACAAGCUGCUGUCGUUUCUGGAUAUUUCCACCAGUUAUGAACCCGCCAGACUCAUCAGUGACUUUCCCUUCGAUGGCCUUCUGGAGGAGCGCGCUCUGCUUCUGGGUCGGAUGGGUAAACACGAGCAGGCGCUCUUCAUCUAUGUGCACAUCCUGAAAGACACACGCAUGGCUGAAGAAUACUGUCACCGACACUACAGCAGCUCAGUGGACGGGAAGAAAGAUGUGUAUCUGUCUCUGCUGCGGAUGUACCUGUCGCCUCCUGACGUCCACUGCCUGGGGCCGAUCAAGAUGGAGCUGUCCGAGCCUCAGGCCAACCUGCAGGCGGCCCUGCACGUCCUGGAGCUGCACCACAGCAAACUCAACACCACCAAGGCCAUCAACCUGCUCCCGGCCAACACUCAGAUCCGAGAGAUCCGGGUUUUCCUGGAGAGCGUGCUGGAGGAGAAGGCUCAGAGGAAACGCUGCAACCAGGUGCUGAAGAGUCUGCUGCAGGCCGAGUUCCUCCGGGUGCAGGAGGAGAGAAUCUUCCACCAGCAGGUUAAAUGUGUCAUCACAGAAGAAAAAACCUGCAGAGUCUGCAAGAAGAAAAUAGGAAACAGUGCGUUUGCCAGAUAUCCUAACGGCGUGGUGGUGCAUUACUUCUGCUGCAAAGAUCGCAAUGUGUGUCCCACUGAGCAGUAACGGCUCCACCCGACAAAGACUGUUUACUAACAAACAAACAAUAAACCCCUCCCUCUCCUCUCGGUGGAUUAAAACACUCGGACGUCUUUGAAGAAGAGCUCGAGUCAUUUUCAGACUGUGGAAUCGGAUGCUUGUUUUUCUGGAGCGCCUUAAAGAAGUCGUUCAGAACUGGAGCGACGUUUUCUUUCUCUCUGUGCAUGAAGGAGCAAGAGAAAUGUCGAGGUCGCCUCAAUGGGAGGGGGGAAAUAAGGAGAGGGUGGCGGAGUCUGACAUUUAAAAAAAAAAAAAGUGUCACUGUAACGCUAGCGGGGAUCGUCUGCCCUGCACGCCGCCUCCGAGGAGCAUGGGAGCUUUGGACAGACGCGUACAGGAAGAGAAGGUUUUCUUUUGUAUUUUUGUGCACUCUUCCACCCCUCCCUGUUAACACUGUGCACGCCUCAAACACUGCUUUAUCUGCCAUAUCCACUCUGCAGGAGUUCUUUUUAAAAUGCCUUUAGUGACUCUGAAGAUUGUACUUACGUCACCGUUCUGUGUUAGCAUGAGCCGGUACUGACUCCAGACUGUGUGUGUGGGUCUGGAUUUAAUUUAAACGUCAUUCACACAUAUUUCAUUUGCAUCAUUUAGUGUCUUCUGGUCGUGUGAAGGAUCUCUAACAUGCAGCGUCUUUAUGUCCGCCUUUUUUAUUUUGUGUUCUCUUUUGUUCCCCAGAUAUUAAAAGUUUAUAAAGAAGAAAAAUAUUUAAAGAGUCAGACGGUUUAACAGUUUAACAUUUUAACACUCACUCCGAGGCGCUUAACUCGUGUUGUAGUGGUCGACAUCAGUCUGGGUCUCAAGAACACUUUUUGAAGGUCUCAAAAGCAUCUUGGUCUCAGACUGGACGGAAUCCUGUUUUGAAAUCAAGACCACCACUGAUCGUCUAUUUUUUCUCAUCAUUACUGAGAUUAGAAGGAAAACUCCUCAUUCUACAAGAACUAAUAACUUAAAUUCAUUCAUAAUUAGAUUUUUAUCUUCCGGUUACGGCCGCAACCUUCCCGGUGUUACGGUCUAAGUGAGGGACACGCCCCCUAAUAACAAGAUGAGGAUUUUUCAGAGAUAUUUAUGCUCUUGGUCUUGGUCUUGACUCGGCCUCGCCCUGCCUUGGUCGUGGUCUUGGUCUUGACUCGGUCUCUGCCCACCUUAGUCUUGGUCUUGCUCUUGGUCUUGACUUGGUCUCGCCCUGCCUUGGUCUUGCUCUUGACUCUGUCUCUGCCCACCUUGGUCUUGGUGCACUCUGGUCUCGGGUAGGUCUUUCUCUCGUGGUCUUGACUACACUCAAUAAUGACAUCAAUCUCAACAUUUUAGUUCUUGACAAAAAGAUUUCUCUGCAUCUUUUUUUUGACAAAGGAAGUAUUAAAAACAAUCUGCUGUAUUAAAUAUACAUAUAGACUAUCACAGGUGUCGUGUACAUCCUUUAUGUAGACUAAAACGAGGUUAACAAAUGUUCUUAAAAGUGACUAAAGCCA